AUGUGGGAAGUGAUGAAGUUCGGCGUCAUCUCGAACGAGUGCUGCGCCUGUGUCUUCAUCCGCUCGGAGGAUAUGGUGGCCUCGCAAGGCUGCUUCACUCAGCCACUGGAGAACGGAGGCAGCGUGAAAAUUCGGUCCCAAUGCUUGAUGAAGCGCAUCGUGGUACAAGGCUCGAUCGUCUUCGUCGAGUCCAUUACCGAGUGGGUAGCACGACCGUCUUGCUCGGCCGAGUGGAGCCACGUGACUCGAGACUAUGGCUGGGUUACAGUGCUCUCAGUCGCAUCAAUGCCAGGAAUGUGUCAGCUGCAGACUGUGAUCCGCCUGCAGUCAAGCGAAAGUAUGAUGAACGACCCCGCUUCUUCGUUGCUGGGACUGAGCGACGUCAUAAUACCAGCGCUUCGCAUGGUCCUGAGGUCACGGUAUCAGCUCGUGGAUAAGGCAUUGUUAGACUCGUCGCGUGCAGCUCCACUGUAA